CAUUUGUCGCCACUGGGGUCCUGGUCCUUCUAAACUUCCCUGAAUACACGGCCAGAAUAGAAGCACUCAUAAAUAGAUCACAGUACACCUAUAGCGCCUACUGGACGAACAUGCAAGCCUUACACGCGCAAUUGCGACGCGACUUGCGACCGCGUCCUUUCAACAAUUCGCUUGCCGCCAAGCGUAGCUGCCCCAACGCGCGACGUUAUGGGCCCUGCGUGACGAGCGGAUGCGCGGCUAGUCGAGGAACGAAGGCGGCUCCGUGUGCACCGUCAGGGUCGCGCGCCGACGCUGUGCAAGCGUCCGCACCGCACCCCUCACCCAACUCCCUUGUGUCGGUGAGCCCCACAGCGGCAGUAAUCCUAGCUACCCAAGCCACGUGCCUAAACCUAGUGGUUGGAUUGUCAGCGACGCCGCUGGUGUGCUCCAUCGUGGGAUCAGGCGCCUGUGGCGCACCCGAUGCCGGCGGUGCGGCAGUGCCGGCGCAAGUGGCCAUUCCCGCAGUGCUGCUGGCGGCGGCGGCGCAAGCUUCCGGCACCGGAGCCCUGGUGUUAAACGAGUUCCGUGGAGAGGUUCUGAAGCAGCAGCAACGGGUGGCAAGCGGAGUGUCCGACAGGGCCGCUCGUGGGACGAUGGCUGAUACGGUUGCGGCACUUGGGAUGCGCUGGAGCGGCGGAGCGGUGGUCUGGGGCGCGGUAACGGCAGCCGCGGCAGCAGCCUCCGUGGCGGCAAUCAGCCUGGCCCUGACAGCGAUUUCAGAUGAGAGCACUGCUCCCGGCAACACACAGGCCCUGCGGGAAGCCCUGCUAGGCGCUGACGCUAGCGGCAACAGCAGCAGCGGCGGCGGCGGUCUGCCGCUGCCGCUGCUAGCGGCGGCGCUGCUGCUGGCUGAGUGUGUGAUGGCGCCGCUGGCUGAGGAGCUGGUGUUUCGCCGGGUGCUGCUGGAUGCCUUGGUGCCGGCACCAUCGCCGGUGCCUGUGCCGGAGCCCGCAGCGGCGCCCGCUGAGGAGUCGGGGGCCACACUGGCCGAGGUACAGCAGGAUGUAUCGCAACAGCUACAGCUACAGCGUGGCAGCGAUGCGGCGCCGCAACCAGAUGCUUUCGCUACUGCUCUUGCUCCAGAGGAUGCUGCCCAAACUCCAGCUGCACCAUCAGCCGCCUCACCCUCACAAACACCAGCAACACCAGCAGCAGCGGCAGCGCCCGCACCGCCACCAGCAGUACUUGCGUGGCGGCCAGAGUGGUCUGGGCCGCUUGCGCUGCAGGCGACGGUCUUCGCGGCCUACCACCUCAACGCCAAUGAGAUGCUGCCGCAGGCGGCGCUGGGCGGCGUGUUGGGCUGGGCGUACCUGGCGUCGGGCCGCAACCUGGCGGUGACCCUGAUGGGGCACACCAUGUACAACGGGGCCGCGGUGGCGCUGCUGCUAUUCCAGCGGUAGCAGCACCAGUGGAAAGGCUCGCAGCCGGCAGGUGCAAUUGUAGAAGCAGAGAUAAUCUUAUGUGGUGGUGCGGGGGCAAGUGCUCGCUGAUGGCGGAGCUCAGGGGCGUGCGUGCCGUGAGCGUGGGAGAUGCAUGCGAU